AUGUUUAAUAAAAAAAAACCCUCACCAAUUCGCAAUUCAGAUAACAAUUUAUUAAAUGCUUCUUCAAGCUCUUUUGCACCAUUUCCAAAUUCACCUAGCUUACAAAAUGAAGAGGGUUUCAGAUAUAGAACAACAAACAGUUCACCUAGAAAUUUCGGAAAUGAUAAUAUUUCAUCUGAUACUGCACCUCUUCCUUCACCUACUUCACCAACUUCGACAGUUUAUGAUAAAGAAAAAAUCAAGUCGUCCUAUGUUAGUUAUCAUAAUAAAUUAACAUUGGCAUGGGUGACAUAUCCUAUAAUUUCAUUAUUGUUUAUUAUUUUACGUAUUGCCAACGUGAUGAGUUCAAUCCAACCCCUAGUCGAUCAAAUUAAAAAUAAAAUAUUGUCAUCUUGUAACGCGCUGGAAUUAUCGACCUCGACACUUGUAAAUCUACCAAAUUUAAUGAUCACUGAAUAUAACAAAAUAAAUGCUGAUGGCAUCAAUGCAAUUGUUAGUAGAUUAUUACAAAUAUUAGAUUUAAUAAUAUUUGCGUUAGAACAAAUUUGUAUUUGGAUAAUUAUUACAUACAAAAGCACCUAUAGAUGUCUACUGGCGUUAGCAAUCAAUUCAUCAAGCAGCUUCCUAACCGAAGCAACUACAAAAUUGCAAACUUUCGCCACAACAAAUAUAGACUCGAUCAAAUCAAGCAUCAACACUGAAAUUCAAAAUUAUAAUGAUAUAAUUAAUGGUAUAAAAGACAAAGUUAAAUUUGUCGAUAUACCAAACAUACAAAUAAAUUCUUUGACUCAACUUGACACUUUGACACAAUUUCCAGCAACAAACACUCUUAUCCCUGGGGUUGAUUUAUUAAAGAGCAAUUCAGACAACGCCUUGUCAGUUACUUUUGAUGGCAUAGAACAACAAUUGAUAAAUGCAACAUCAAUUCCAUUCGAGUUACUAAGAUCCGAGAUAAAAAAUUCAAACAUCGUUAUCAAUCAAACAUUAUUCCCUCAAGCAUCCCUAUUUGCUAAUCAGGACAUAACCUUUUGUAAAGAUAGUUUGGAUCUUAGCAUUUUAGAUAAUAUAGCAAAUGAUUUAAUUAAAAUUUCCUAUAUUGGAAUUGCUCUAAUAGUAUUGAUCAUUAUAGUGCUAAUAAUGAUCAAUGCUGGAGUGAUUAGAUAUAAACAUAAAAAAAUCGAAUCAAAUAUUAAUGUAAUAUCAAAUAAUUAUUCAUCAUCAUCAUUAACACAUAAUAAUAGUGAAAAAAACAAUGACAGUAGUGGUAAACUCGAUCGAUCAAAGAUUUUUGAAAUAGUUGGAUUGGUUAAAAGUCCUCUAUGGACCAGAUUAUCCUUGAGAAUUUCAAAUUUCUUUAAAAGUGUAGAAAACAAGAACCUUGUUAAAUGGUUCUUCUAUUACAUCUCGCACAAACCUGCAGUAAUUUGUCUGAUAAUCGGGAUAUCAGGCGUGAUAGCAAUUUAUUCACAAUUGGCACUUUUAAAUUUAAUUAGACAUAAUUACCAAGCAUCAAUCACCACCACAAUUGAUCAAUUUUCAAACAACGUGGUCAACCUAAUAAAUUCUAAUCUGGAAUCAAAAUCCAAACAAUUCUCGAAUCAGAGUAACACUGAAAUUAUUGAUAUUGAAACCACCCUUAACAAUAAUUUAUUUAGUUGGUCGAACUCAACAAUUACUACUUUAAACAAUACAUUGAAUGCAGCGGUGGAUGCUACAACAGGAUUUAUAAAUGAUGUAUUUAAAGAUGUUCCAUUAAUAAAUAGUCUGGUAUUAGACUUGGUCAAUUGUAUAAUAUUUGUUAAGAUCAGAGGUAUAGAAACGGGAUUGAAAUUCAUCAAGGACAAUUCUGUUAUUACUUUACCACGUGUAAAUGACACAAUAUUGAUGAUCGAUAGUGACAGUGUUAAAGGAAUUGUUGAUAAAAACACAAAUAAGAUUUUAGGUGCAGAUAGUGCCACAAGUGAUGAUGGUGGUGAAGGAAUCAAUAAAUUGUUUAACAGUUAUGAAAAAGGUUUAAAGAGUGAAUUAAUAGUAUAUUGGACAUUCAUAGCAAAAAAGAAAUUAUAUCAAGGAUAUUAA